AGUCUGCGGAGUCUGCGCAGUUCCGUUCUCGUCACUCCGAACUUUCGGGAGAACCGCGGAGGGAGGCUGGAGAGACCAACGCCAUUUUCCCUGGUGUCUUCAGUCCUGAGUGGCAGGUGGAUCAGAUCCAGGCGGCCCUUGAGGAAGAGGAGUUGAUGAGGAGGAGGAGCCAUGUCGGCCCCGUGGGAUGAUGAUGAUGAAGUGUUGAAGGCGGGAGGUAUGAAAGGAGUGUUGAGAUCCAAACCGAGGUUCUCCCUCACCGAGGUCAAGCUGCUGCUGGAUGCGGUAAAGAAGAACAGAUACAUCAUCCUCAAGAAGUUUAACCAGGGCGUGUCAGCUGAAGCCAAGAAACAGACAUGGGCUGAAAUCACGGCUCAGAUCAAUGGACUGGGCGAGAAUCACAGAGAGGUGCGUCAGAUCAUGAAGAAAUGGGCGGACCUCAAAUGUGACGGGAAGAGGCGCAUUGUUGCCCUGCGGGGCCCCAACGGCAGCACGCUGAGGAAGAAGAAGCUGGGUCCUGUGGAGAAGAUGGUGCACAAAAUACUGGUGAUGAGUCCAACAGGAGAUGGCAACAGUGACCAGGAGUUUGGUGACGACGAUGACGUUCCAAAGCUUUUCUCCAAAAGCCCCAACUCCAGCGCUCCCCCUUACUCCUAUCUCGGCAUGACAGACAGCUCGCACUCGUUUCCUGGAGGAGUGGCAUUCGAUAUUUCUCCUCUCUCCUCACCUGAGAAAGACCUCAGUGGAGAUCCUUAUCAUUCCUCCUCUGAGUUUGACAUGGACAUGGGAGACGAUGGAGAACGCACCAUGGACUUUGACGAAAAUGACGACUCCUUGUUCUCCUCCCUCCCUUCUUCUCUUCCUCCGCCCUCCGCCGCCCCCCCGGACCUGCUGCCUAAUAAUCCUCUGCUGAGGGUCAAACCAGUCCACACCUACUCCCGAAACAGCAGCCAGAACAACAACCACGUCCAGAACCUCAACUCCACCAGACCUACGCCUGGACCCUCCUCUUCCUCCGACGCCGCUGCCUCCACCUCCUCCGUUGUGCCCCCUGCAUCGAAUUCAGACGCCGCUUUGCCCUCUGCUGGGCCUCCUCUGUCGCACUCUCCCACAAGUUCCAACGCGACAGCCUCCUCCCUCCCUCCUCCACCUCCUGCCUCAUCUUCUACCGCUGCAGCCAGUGACACUACCUCUGACCCUGCUCCCUCCCCCUCCACAUUACCACCUCCUGCUUCCUCUACUGCUGUAACCUCCUCCUCCUCUUCCUCUUCCUCUUCCUUUGUGACCAUCGCUCCCUCAUUAUCUGUCCUCUUGUCCAACCCUCAGCAACCACCUUCAUUAACCUCCUCUACCCUCCCAUCCAGUCAGCCUGCCACCUCAAUGUCCGACCCUCUCCCUGCCGGAGCGUCCUCCCACAGGUCCCAGGACCACGUGGCCCAAAUGGCGUUUCAGAGCGUGCAGCAGCAGCGGGCGAGCCGGAUGCUGCUGACGUCGGUGUCUCAGUCCCUGGAGGUGCUGGCCCAGUCUGUGCAGCUGCUGGUGGAGAGCCAGCACGAGUUUGUGCAGGAGUCCCUGCUGCUGCAGAGGGAGACGGUGGACAUUCUGCGGGAUUUCUCCAACACGGCGCUCACCAUGCUGCGGGACAAGUCCAACAGCGGGCAACACCCUCUUCCUCCGCGCUUCUAAAGAACAGACAACAAGACAAGAAUGAGGAAGCCGUGUGGUGAAUAUUGUUUCUUCGCGUGUGUUGUCUAUUGAUUUUGUCACAGUGUUCAAGUUUUUUUUUUAAAGUAAAGACGACACGUCAAACACACGAUGAUGCAAAGGUUUGACCUGUAAUACCGAUUCAGAAUUUCCAAGUCCGCAUGGAGUGAAUGUCAUCAUCUGCCCACUUUGAUGAUGAUACAUAUGAACCUAUGUGGUCAUCCUUGUACAGCCCUGAAAACUGUGGCCACAUGGAUCGUACACGCCGACUAUACAUGCUUGGACUACAAGAUAGGUCCUGACCUUCAGUUUUUAAUGCAGCCUCGGGCAUAUGGUAUAAGCAUUGGCUCUCUGUGGACAUAGAAAGUAUGGAGAGGCUUCAGGAUUUUUCCCCUGACCACUUCCUGGACCAGAAUACCUGUCUAAUUACUGUUUUUACUAUGGUCAAAUAAAUGUAAUUUGUUCCCUUACUAUAAUAGGUUAGUGAAUAUGCCUUUAGGGAGUCCACCACAGAAGCAUCUGUAUGGACUGGAUGAAGAAGAUGUCUAGAGUGGUGGGGGGAGAUUACGGUGGUCUGAUACUUUCAGGAGUUUUUGUGAUAUGUUUCGUGAAUUCUUGCAACAUGCGCCGAAACUUUCCAGCCAACAUGGAGUCACAUGAGCUCUGUUUUCACCAGGAAAAUAAACUUCAUCGCUGGUAUCUUCUGAUGAGCAAAGAGGGCAUGAUGCAGGCCAAGCUGUGCUCACAGCACCUUUUGUUGGACAGCUUCACAGUCUCUGAUGCACUUCUAGGCUCUAUAUUUUGGACUCCAAUGGGUUUUUAAGGAUUAAUCGUUUCAAUAAUUAAUAACUAGUUGACUAUGAAAAUAGUCAUUAGUUGCAACCCUAAUGUGUAUCCUUAUUAUUUAUCCGUUUUGUUCUGACAAAAAUGCUGAUGUAAUGACUAAGGAAAAUGAAACCUGUAUCCAUCAGGUUCUCUGUAGAAACUGCUGAUUGUUCUGUCUGGAGCCUGUCCCACCACAUGAGAAUGGGAAGACACCAGAUUUGUCUUUGACUGAAGCUGCUGUGUCACCGGAGCUAACACAAAUCCUUAUGUAAACAGCAGCGAUACAGGGUUUUGGAACGCAGCAUUAUACAAAGAUGGACUAAGAUAAAACCCACUGUGGGUCUUGUUUGUUGUCUGCUCUAUAAUCUGAUUAAAGUUUAUACUGUUUAUUUUCAAA